AUGGAAUCAAUAACUAAAGGUAUUCCUAAAAUAGAAUAGAACAUAUUUUUAAUAGCUACUACAAGCUAUAUCAUAUUUAACACGCUGAUUUAAUUUUGGAUAAAUAAGUCAGUCGAGCAUUGGGAGCAUGAUGAGUACUAUCAUAUUUCACAUGCAGUCUAGUUUUACAAUGCAGACUACAGCUAUAAUAAAUUUAUCACAACUCCACCUGGUUUGUACUUACUUGGAAAGUUGUACUUACAUAUCGUAAGACCAAUUAAUUAUGUACUAAACUUUGAAGUCGACGAAGAUUAUCAUACCUAUAUUAGAUAUUUGAAUGCUUCAGUCUUAGGAGGAAUAAACUUUAUUCUACUGUAUAAAAUAGUAGAAGCUAAAUACUAAGAGAAAAAUAUCUAUGCUAUUUUUACAUUCGUGCUAAGCGUCAUUUUCAUUCCUAUAUAUUAUCCAAUGCAUGUUGUCUUCUAUACAGAAAUAGGAUCUAUGAGUUACCUGCUAUUGACUUACUAUUUAGUCUUGGUAAGAAAGGUUAAUCAAAGAAAGUUAGGGAAACUACUUUUGAUUCUAGUUGGAAUUUGCGCAUUUGGCUAAAGAUAGACUAAUAUCAUUUGGAUAAAUUACAUAGCAAUUAUCGGCUUCAUAAAUAAUUAUGAGAUGUAGUUCAAAUCAAUUCUCUCUAAUUUGGUAAAGAUAAUUUCAGAGAAUCUUUGGCUUGCUGUAAUUGAUCUUAUGUUUAUUUACUUCUACAUUUGGAAUGGCAAUUCAAUUGUUAUUGGUGACAGAGAUAGUCAUCCUUUGGUAUUACAUUAUGCAUAACUAUUAUAUUCCUUAUUAUUUUUAAUAGUGUGCAUUCCAGUACCCUUUCAUACUAAAGUGUUCCAGAUUGUCGAAGAUAUAUUUUAAAUUAUUAAGCUAAGGCGUCCAUUCAAAACACUAGCAUUUCUCAUAUUAAAUGGAAUUGCAUACUUAAUGGUGCUAAACGGUACAUUCACGCAUAAGUUUAUCGAAAGCAACAGAGGCCAUUACUCAUUCGAGUUUAAUAAGAUUGUUAUUAAAAAUGAGUAAGUUUAAUUUGCAUUGGUUCCUCUUUACUCUAUUUUGACAAUAUCACUUUAUGAAAUCUUGGCAUAAACAUAAGGGCCAAAGGCAAAGUACAUAUCAGCAAUAUUUUUAGUAGCAUCUGCAAUGACUUUGUUCCCUUGUCAACUAUUUGAGUUGAGAUACUUCUUACAUCCAGUAUUUUUGGUAUCGCUAGAAAUGUUUAACCCCCGUCGUACUAAGAUGGAAGUUUGGCUUGGUGCUCUAGCUUAUAUGAAUUUCUACCUGUUGCAUGAAUAUCGCGAUCAUCCAUUCUGGUUUCAUCAUGAACAUCAUUACUUCCUAUGA